AUGGCUGGUGCUGGUGGUGGACCAUCGCGCAGGAGCCACACGAAGUCCCGGAAAGGUUGUAAAACAUGCAAGAGAAGACAUAUUCGAUGCGACGAGACGUUUCCGCAAUGUCGGAAUUGCACCAAGCAUCAGGUCCGCUGCGAUUAUAUGGACAGUCCCACUGCACCUGGCGACGAAAGUCCUCGGUAUCCUCCCCAGGCCAAUCUACUCUGGACGCCCGAAAUUGAGAGGACUAUUGAUUCGUGGAGGGCAACGGGGGAGUUUCCAUUCCCUGAACUCAAUGUCUUCCCACAGCCACACUGGCCAUCGGUUUCGAAAACCGAUCUCCGCUUGAUCUACCACGUUUGCUCCAUCUCUAGUGAGCUGCAACGGAAUCGAACGUCCAAACUAACGAUAUGGACCGACUACAUCCCCAGAUUUCUAAGUUGUGCAGCGUCGCAACCCUUUGUAUUGCACGCUCUGCUAUCUUUUGCGGCAGCUCACCUGGCCUGGGUCACUCAGUCACCAGAAACUCGGAACCUUGCCUUUCAACAUAAUAUGAUUGCGAUGAAAGGUCUCCACGAAGCAACUCCGUUGUUUUCCAAGGCCAAUUCGGAUUCCAUUCUCGCCGCAUCACUGCUCCUGUCUUGGCAAUCCACAGAAUGGCGCAAUUGGCUAUCUCUGGUCACCGGAAUUCGGACUUUUGUAGCGUCAAUGUAUCAAUGGCGCGAAGAGUCAUUGUUCGCGGAUUUCAUCGCGGAUUUUCACUUCACCCCGUUUCCCACUUUGGCGAGCAUAUCGACUUACCAAGUGACCCCCGAAGCGCGAGACCAGCGCAUGAGGAUCCUUCAACAUGUGCAGCAAGCGCUUCAAAGGUUACAGCCAUAUCUCUCGGAAAAUGAAGCAGAAAAGAAAUGGGUGGAGCAGUUCCAGGGCUACAUUGAUCAGCUACGAGCGAGCAAUCCCGCCCAGUCCGUCGAAGAACAGUUCAGUCAACUAUACGCAUUGAGGAAAUGGAUGUUCUGGGUCCCCAUCACGCUGCUGUCGGCACGAAAGGGCGACGUAUUCAUGCUGCUCGUCCUCGCGCAUUUUUAUGCCGUUGCAUUGGCAGUCGAACCCAACUUCCCUGACAUUGGGGCAGCUUUCACCGCGAACCUAGCCGUUUCACCCUUGGAGGAGAUUAUUCGUAUCAUUGACGCGGUGUCGGCCACUCCAACAUUCAGUCAAAACACCCAGACAGCCUCCGCGAUGAUGGAUUUCCCCCGCGACACCCUUUCCACCUUCCGGACACGCGUGGACUGGAGUCGAAGGCAAUCUCAAGAGAUCGCAGCGAUUCAGAGCGAUCCAUAUGGGCUCGAUACCUUAAGCUUGGAUUUGGGCAACCAGAUUGCGGAAUUUGGAUAUUCCCAAUCGCUUUCUCCCGCGUUUGCCCCAUCGCCGCUUCACCUGAGCUCACCGACCAUGAUCUCUGACCUCUCGAGCAUGCCGCCUAUGACACCACGAUCGCCGUGGCUCGAAGUUCCACCCUCUGGGAUUGAGCCUCACCUGUUCACACCGGCGAGUAGUAGCGUUUACGCCAGUCCAACGACAUCGUCCGCCAUUUCAAGCCCGGCCAGUUCGAUGCCGUCAACCGCCGCGGCGACUCCGUACAGUCUCCCGUCCGCCCAUGACGAUGGGCUUUUCAAUUUUGGGAGCCCACCGACAACAUUCGGUGGCUACCCGCAUCCCACGGGGUUCGUCGCACCACCUCCGACCGUGUGGACAUGA